UCGUUCAUUUAAUUCGACGAUACAUGUGAAUUUGUCAACUGGUUUGAGCUUGAUUUCGUCUUCUUUGGUGCAAUUAGUUGGUUCGUUUGUAUUCGGCCGUGUUUGUGAAAUUUCUAAAUUGUAGCUUAACAGAACUUGAGCUUCACAAUGCAUAAGGACAUACAAAAGGGGGGAGAAAUUUCAAUGGCGGACAAAGUGAUCUCAGUGGAGAACAUGAAAGCUUUUUGGCACUCUCAGGUCCAUGAUCCUGAGAAAUGGGAUCUCAAUAUGAAACUACUUCGUGCACUCGGGCUUUUUGCUGGCUCCAUUGUCUUAAUGCGGCAGUAUGGUGAUAUGAUGGCCAUAUGAAAAAUCAUGUGCCCUGGUUUGCAUUUUUUCAUUUUUAUUUUCCUUCUGCCCCUUGUCUCUCUGCUUUGACAUAGAUUCUACCAUUUAUUGAGAGGGUAUUUGAAAUUGUGAUGAAUCGUUGAUUACUUUUUGGAAUCUGCACCCUUUAACGAUGAUCCUUUUAGAAUCUAUACAUCUUUUUGAUUGUCGA